AUAGCAACAAUUUUAAUUGGUGACGAUGGACCUUAAGUGCUGCCUGCUUUUGCUAUCGCUUCUGUUUGCCGGGGCUUUGGCUCGCCCAGAGCCAGACACGCCACGCCCAACUUUACCGCCCUGCUCGCCGUGGUGUGCCGGACAGCCCCCACCGCCACCCGGAGCAGUGAACUAACUUGUCUUGUCAUUCCGAUUGUAACACAAAGAAAUACCAUUUUAUAAUACCUCUAAGUAGCUAGUCAGUCGAACAAAUAAAGCUGCUAAGCGAUAAUCAAUCUU